UAGACAUGGAGAGCAGUCGAAGCCAAAGUGAUGAAGCCAAAGAAGUCCUUCAAGCAUCGUUGUUUCUUUCCGUAUUGAAGCACACCGGCGAUCGUAUCUCCGAGGGCGACGAACCCGCGAGAUCCGAGGAUGUUCCAGAGAGCAGUUCGGGCGCGCCGCUUCGCCAGCUGCGCAGAUCCAACCCUCCCAUUGUCCGGCGUGUAAACGCGCUGAUCGACUCUAUCGGGCGAUGCCGGGGUCCGUUCGAGAAGCGGUUGAAGUCGAGCGACCUCAGAGAACAACAGAACCGGCUCCUCCUGUGGAAGGACCACGUCCGGGAGUUCAUACUCCCGUUGCUCGAGGAGGACGACGAUCCCGCGCAAGGCGUGGAGGUGAUGGCGUUUAAUACGGAGGGAAAGACGUUUCCUCUGCGGUUCAAAAUUUGGUGCAACAAGGUGUACGUCCUCAUGGGCAAUUGGAAGGCGUUCGUCGAAGAAAAUCAAUUGGAAGACGCGGAUGUACUCAAGAUAUGGGCAUUUCGCGACGUUCGGACCGAACGUUUGUGCUUCCUGAUCUCUAGGACGCCGAACGCACCCGGACAGAACCGGACGGAGAAGGGGGCUCGAAGAGAGGGACGGAAGCGCAUCAAGUCGAAGCCCCAAAAGGCGCUUUUAUCCGGCUAG